CGCCAACCCCAACCCAACGCACCCCACCAAUACAAGCCCCAAUAGCUUUGUUCCAUUGUUGCAGAUACUUUCAAGGUCAAAAUGUCAUCUCCAAAAUUUGAACCAACAGAUGACAUAUUUGAUUUUGUGAUCAAGAAAGCCAAUGGUGUUAAAGGCCUAGUAGACACAGGCCUUGAAACUGUCCCAAAUCAAUGCAUACAACCAAGAGAACAAAGACUAGACAAAAACCAACAAGUUGACAAUCAAGAAUCAAUCCCCACUAUUGAUUUAUCAAAUUUUGAUGAUUUAAAUGUCACAAAAUCAAUUCAAGAAGCAGCAAGCAAGUGGGGUUUCUUCCAAAUUAUAAAUCAUGGGAUCCCACUUGAAGUUCUUGAAGAUUUGAAGGAUGCAGGACACAAGUUUUUUGAAUUGCCAGCUGAAGAAAAAAUUAAGUAUUAUAAGGAGAAUGGUGGUACUGAUGAAUCUGUGUUGUUGUAUUGGAGUGCUAUUGGUGAUAAAGAUGAGAAAGUUUUGGAGUGGAGGGAUAGCAUAAAACAUGGUUGUAAUCCUCAAGAUGAUAGCAAUCUUUGGCCUCCUCAAACUAGGAACCAGGUGUUGGAGUUCCAAAAGUGGAGUAAACCACUUGCUAAAAAGUUGCUAGAGGUGCUAUUGAAGGGUCUCAAUGUCAAUGAAAUUGAUGAAUCUUUGGAACCUCUCUUGAUGGGAACUAUGGCUAUCAACAUGAACUACUAUCCACCAUGCCCAAAUCCAAGUAUCACAAUUGGUUGUCGCAGACACUGCGACGUUUCCUGCAUCACUCUGCUCCUCCAGGACGACACAGGUGGCCUCUUCGUCCGAGGGACUAAAGGCGAUAACUGGAUCCACGUAACUCCGAUCAAAGGCGCCUUAGCGGUCAACAUAGGCGACUCGUUGCAGAUCAUAAGCAAUGAUCGAUACAAGAGUGUCGAGCAUUGCGCGGCGGUCGAUUCAAGCAGGGCUCGAAUAUCCAUCCCGCUCUUUGUGAAUCCUAGGCUUGACAGUGUCAUUGGUCCAUUCCCACAAGCGUCGGAAGAUGGAGAGAAACCAGUGUAUAAACAAGUUCUGUUUUCUGAUUAUUGGGAUUAUUUCUUCAGUAAGAGGCCUUCUGGUAAAGCAUCACUAGAUUUUGCUAGAAUCUGAUGCUAUGUUAGAUUAAUACCAUUUGUUUGUCAAGAGAAUAAAGCCGCUAGUACCAAAAAUAACUAGUGCAAACCAUAUUGAUGUUCAAGACAAAUACAAAUUGUAAUUUUUCAACAUUAUGGGUUUGAAUUUUGAAUCAUAUCACAAUCCGUUGGGUUUA